GUCAGUGCGUGAUUCCUGCCCUGUCAACAUCUGCCAAAUACGUCAUAAUCGUCGCAUCUGUUGUAAAAUGUGUUAACUGUCAGUGUCGAGAUGCUUCUAGGGACUAUGCAGGAAGACGGGCUCGUGUCGAAGCCUAGGGCGACCGACUUCUCGAUAGCGGCGAUCAUGGCUCGCGAAGCUCCUCGGCCUGUGGUGCGUCAGCAACCUCUUGUUGGCCGGCUCUCCCUGGGGGGAAGUCGGAGGGUACCGAGCAGUCGCGGGGACAGCGACAGAAGCGCGCCAGAGAGUGACUACGAAGAAGAGGAAGAAGACGUGGAGGUGGACGUUGAGGAGUGUUCGGAGAGCGAGGGCGAGGCCCGACUGAGGAAGCGGACGGUCUCGGAGUGUGCUAGUGAAGAGGAGGACCGAGAAAGAGAGUCUCCGGGACCGGGAUCGGGGGCGGGACUCGGGGGGAGGCUGAAGGUGAGGAGGCGGUGUAACUGCCAAGAACUGCUGGGGGCGGAGUGCCACCUGGAGACCAAGGAACUCUGGGACAAGUUCCACGACCUGGGGACAGAGAUGAUCAUCACCAAGACCGGCAGGCGGAUGUUCCCAACCCUGAGGGUGUCCUUCACGGGGUUGCGACCCGAGCAGAGGUAUGCUGUGCUCAUGGACAUCGUCCCCGUGGACAACAAGAGGUACCGGUACGCCUACCACAGGUCCUCGUGGUUGGUAGCGGGGAAAGCUGAUCCUCCCGCACCCUGCAGACUCUACAUGCACCCUGACUCUCCCUUCACCGGGGAGCAGCUCCGGAAGCAAGUCGUCUCCUUCGAGAAGGUCAAACUCACCAACAACGAGAUGGACAAGAAUGGCCAGAUCGUGCUGAACUCCAUGCACCGGUACCAGCCCCGCAUCCACCUGGUCAAGUGGAGGGAACAUAACGGUCCUAUCAUGGACCUGGAGCAGGAACAGUUCAGGACCUACGUGUUCCCGGAGUCUGUGUUCACCGCCGUCACGGCCUACCAGAACCAACUCAUAACCAAAUUGAAAAUUGACAGUAAUCCGUUCGCAAAGGGCUUCAGAGACUCUUCACGCCUGACAGACUUCGACCGGGAUCCGAUGGACAUGAUGUUCAUGGAACAACACUUCUUGCGGUCUCCCCUGAGGUUAUACUCGGACAUGGAGGAGAACAACAACUCCGGAAGUCUGUUUUCGGCGGCGAUGGUGGAGAAGGCCCGGGCCCAGCUGCAGCUGUGGGGGCGAGGCCCCGGAUACCCGCCCGGCGAGAUCAUGUUGCCGUACGGAGUACAAGGAGCCAGAGUCCACGUGACUCCGAGUCUGUACCAGUACCCAGGCCUGCUGUUGCCGCCCCCCGUGCCGCCUCCGCAGCAGACGCCGCCCCCUCCUAACGUCUCCGCCGCCUCCACGCCCUCCAGCUCCUCAGGGUCGCCCUCGCCUUCCGACAAACUACCCAGACCCGCUGCAGUGUUCCCUCAGCAUCGCUUCAGCCCAUACCAGCUCGUCCCCAAGGGUCGGGAGACAGUACCUACCAGGAACUAGCUGUCCUAGUUGUGAUAACACCUGCAAGACGUAAACAGACUAUCGUAGUAGUGUGUUUGUGAAAUCUUAACACAUAGAUUUGAUCUUUACAACUGAACAUCAAUACUAUAAAACUCCAAAUUAAAUGUACUUUAAGAAUUUUAGAAACGGUUUUAAUGUUAAAACUCCCCAUUUCAGGCCCUUUAUAAAAUUUAACUUUUCAUAAUCAGAAAAAGUAUUUUACACUUUUUAAAGGAACACUUAUUCGGUCUGUGACUAAAAAUUCAACACUUCACAAUUUAAUCGUGUGUCGAAAUUUGACCAACCAUGUUGGUGACAAGAUCAGAUCUUGAAUUGGAAUACUCGUUAAACUAUGAUCAUUUUUCGUGAAAUGUUAAGUAAAAAGUAAUUUAUUCAUUCUAAUUUUAGUGAACAAUAAUGAUAUUCUUAUAUCAAAAUAUUGUUUUUGUAGCUAUUUUAGAGAAAUCGAUUAAAAUUGAGUGCAAUUUUCCUACUUUAUAGGUUUGUUACACUUUACAACAAAACCUCAAAGUGAUAUUCGUUACCGUUCCAAAACCGAGAAUUUCCCAUACGAAUAACAUCCUUGCAAACACGUGUUACUAUGAUAAGUUAAAGUGUUAAGAGAGAAACUUAGCUUUAAAGGUUUACGUAAAUUAGAAACCCCCCUCCCUCUUCCCCGUGAUCAUUAUAGAACUUUAAUGUACAUAUUUAGAUUACUAUCAAUGUGUAUUGAAUGGUGUAUGUAUAUACUGUAGUUAAUGUCAACUAUUUGUGUACGAAGUGUGUGAAUUUCAUCGUGAACCCUACAAAGCCAAAGAAAUUUGAGUGUAUAUAUUGUAUCUAAAUUUGUUUAGGUAUUUUUAUGUCGUUUCCUAUAAGUUUAGAUCUAAUUGCCCGGUCAUUAUAGUGAUUAAUAUUUGUCUUAGAAUGUAUGUAACAGUUUCAAGGUCAAUUUCAGAGAAAAUGUCAAGUUUAUGUCGACAUCUGUUAGUUUUUAUACCAAACUAUAUGCAAAUAAUGUAAAAGAAAGGCAUUCAUUUAUUUUAGGAAAAUAUUUGUUAAUAUGUGUUUGCAAUAUACCACUAAUAAAGAAAAAUGUGACAACUAUACAGAAUGUGAUGAAAAUUAGGGAUUCCUAAUAUCAGUGUAUUCAAUUCGGCAUUCCGUUAGCAAUCAAUUAACGUUAAAAGUAAUUUUCGGGCGACCACAGUUCGUCGUUAAUGUUUUAGUGAAUUAUGACUGCCAAUUAAUUUCCUUAGUCUUAACUCACAUAAGUUAUGUAGACGUAGAAUAUGUUUUUGUUGUUUAUUCCGAUGUACCAUUCACACAGUUUUCCUAGAAUCGAUUUAGUCUACCAUCUCACACAGCUGAAAUAGUUUUGUUAUUUGUUGUAAGUUGUAUAUAAAAUGUUGUAAUGUACAUACGACCUGUAUGUGGUGUAUUUAUUAAAUAUAUACAUUUGUGAAAUAUGCGAA